CUAUCAGAUACCAAAAUCGCCAGACAAAAUGCUUCACAUUCUUGCCUUGUUUUCCUUCCUCCUCGUCUCCUCCUCCCAUGCGGCAGUCCAAGACUUCUGUGUGGCGGACUUGACAGCCCCACAAGGCCCUGCAGGCUACUCCUGCAAGACGCCUGCAGAAGUAACAGCUGAUGAUUUCGUGUAUUCAGGCCUACGUGAGCCUGGUAACACCUCAGCCCUCUUCAAUGCCUCCAUCAACUCAGCAACUGUUCAUAAGUUCCCAGUCUUGAAUGGCCUUGGCGUCUCCGUGGCACGAGCAGACGUAGCCCCUGGCGGUGUGCUUCCACUGCACACUCACCCCGGCGCUACAGAGAUAAUUCUUGUAGCCAGGGGCUGUGUCACUGCUGGUUUAAUUUCUUCGGAUAAUACCGUCUACGUGAAGACAGUCGAAGAGGGGGAUAUCAUGGUUUUCCCUCAAGGGUUGCUGCAUUUCCUGGCGAAUACUGGUGGGACAGAGGCACUUAUUUGGGUUAGCUUCAGUAGCCCGAGCCCUGGCCUCCAAGUCCUUAACAGUGCGCUGUUUGGCAAUAACUUGGAUUCUGACCUGAUAGAGAAGACCACUCUUCUUGGUGAUGAUGAAGUGCAGAGACUCAAGGCUCUUUUUGGUGGUUCUGGGUAACUCAGCUUGGCAAGAACUUGUUAAUUUCUUGUCACCCUCCUAUUAAGUAUGUAAUCACUUUAAUUAGUCUUUCAAGCUAUUGAUUCUUUGGAUCAAUGGCAUGUGUGAGAUUAAUUACCUUUAAAUAAUGUUCUCAUAUUGCUUUGCAACAUCGAAUGUAGACCAUAAGUGUUGCCCGUUUUUCUUCUUUUAUAUAUGCUAGUGGGUGUUACCGUGCAAA